AUGCCAGUCAGACAACUUCUUCCAAAGCCACCGUUUGUCCCCGCACUACAGUUGGAGAAAGACGGGGAGAACCAGGCUCCCAAACGCCAAGGGGUAUCUUUGGCAUGCGAUAGGUGCCGAAAACGUAAAGUGAAAUGUGACGGUGCUCGGCCAGCAUGUGCCGUCUGCUGUUCCGCCAACAUCGAAUGUAAAUACACCACCCGAGGAUCUUCGUUGGCGCAGAGGUAUGUAGGUCUGCAGGAAUCCUACAAUGAACUCCGACAGGCAGUAGAGGCAAUGUGCUCAGGCUCUGAAAGAGAUGCAGUCGACAUCGUGAAGCACAUCAGGCUGGCCCAGGGGUUAGACAACAUCAUUCCCUCACUAUGCAACCAUCCAAGAGUUGUUCAGUAUCGGCUUCUUUCGCCAGAACAGCAGAGCACUUGGGUCAAAGAUGCUCACCCUGUGGAAGCUUCAGGAUUUAUUUCUCCAAAGCUGGUGGCAAACUGCACUGAACAUCAAUAUCUCCUACCGGUGUCACAAUGGACAACAGUGAGCCAGGACGAUGUUUGGUUGUCGCAUCUGCUCCGACUUUUCUGGACUUGGGAUACUACUUUGACUCGAAUUAUUCAUCGAGAUCUGCUUGUUGACAUGAUCUCAACUCGCCAUGGUGUUAAUGAAAAUAGCGACGGCAAGCUUGUAGCACAAUUUUGUUCCGAAUUGCUCAUUAAUGCUCUGCUGGCUUAUAGUUCGGACUGCUUCGGAUUCGUGAGCCAACACAAACCCGCUGCUCAGGGUCGUGAUUUCGCAAAAGAGGCAUAUAGGCUACUCGAAACACGGUCGGUGAACAACUGUGUUUCACUGAUACAAGCUGUGGCAAUAUUGUCAAUUUAUGAGAAUGCAUUUGGAGAUCCUAAAAAAGGCGCAAGUCUCUUCUUUGAAACACUGCUCGAUCUGCGGUCAAACUUGGAGCCGGUUAACAAGAGCAUGGUUCUAAACGACGACGCCCUGGGACCAAAAGUACAGGAUGCAUUGUCAUUCAUCUCCAGUGGAUUCUACUGCUUAGAUGUCAAGAUGUGCCUGAUCGCGAGCCCGACUGUGCCAGCCGGUUGGACGAGACAGUUACUGGCAAAUGAUGGUAACGGCCCGUCACCAAAUAUGCAAAUGCGUUCCGAUACACUUUGGAUUCCGUAUCCUCUAUCCGUUCAACCCCGUAUAAGCUACUCCUUUGAGGCAUCCCAGAUCGAGCACGAGUUGGUUCGGUUGACGGCGGAGUGUUUGGAAGCCACCGAGAUGAAUGGGCAAUCUCUGAUGCCAAACCACCUUGGCGCAUCCAAUAUAUACAACCGCUUAAUUCGUUGGAAAAACGUCAAUUCAAGAAGAUUUCAUGGAUCUAGCUCGAUCCUCCCAUCAUGGACGGGCAUAUUGGCAUUCUACCAUACAACUUGCAUCAAGUUGCUGAGCCCAUUCAUACAAUUGCCCUUCCUGGAGUUUCCUCGCGGCAGACCAGCCAGAGCAUUAUCUGUGGAGCAUAGCGAGUCGCUCAUUUCGAUAUUGAAAGAGUACAACGCCGCAUUCGCAGGGCGACAGGACUAUUGGCUCUUGCAUACAUGCGAGAUUGCGGUCAAACAUUUGCUGCUGGAGAAGAAUCUUCUCGAUCCGACAGAAGAUUAUUUGGCCAAAGGAUGUGAGCUGUUGUAUAGCAUCGGACGAUACAUGCCACAGGCGAACAGGAUUCUGGACGAUGUCAACAAUCACAUCAAGGAGAAAAAUAUCGAAGUCUCCGACAGAGUCAAGACGAUGUUGCAAGCUGGCAGCACUAGGGUCCGGCCGACUAUCAUCGCGAACGCUUCAUAUCUACAGCUUGAUCCUAAUGACGCUAAGAGGAUGCUUGUUGGAUCUAUGGCUUUCAACGAGGCAAUUGAGAGCAUUGCAAGCUAA